GAGAGGGCGCCGGGAGCACUCCCGGGCUCCCAGAGCGUUGCUCGAAGCGAAGCGCCUCGCCAGGAGGUUUGUCCCCGCCCGCUCGCCGUGCCGCGCGGCCCCAGGGGUAGGGAAAGAGCGCGCGGCUGAGAUGGGCGAGACCAUGUCAAAGAGACUGAAGUUCCAUCUGGGCGGGGAAGCAGAGAUGGAGGAGCGGGCGUUCACCAACCCCUUCCCGGACUACGAGGCCGCUGCCUCCGCGGUGUUCGCCGCCGGAGCGGCCGAGGAGACGGGCUGUACUCGCCCCCCACCCACCACCGACGAGCUUGGCCUCCCUUUUCACAACGACGGAAAGCUCAUUCAUAAUUUCACAAGGCGAAUCCAGACCAAAAUCAAAGAUCUUUUACAGCAGAUGGAGGAGGGGCUGAAGACAGCCGACCCACAUGAUUGCUCUGCUUAUACCGGUUGGACAGGCAUAGCCCUUUUGUACCUGCAGUUGUACCGGGUCACGUGUGACCAGACCUACCUGCUCCGAUCCCUGGAUUACGUAAAGAGAACGCUUCGGAACCUGAAUGGCCGCAGGGUCACUUUCCUCUGUGGAGACGCCGGACCCCUUGCUGUAGGAGCUGUGGUGUAUCACAAACUCAGGAGCGACUGUGAGUCCCAGGAAUGUAUCACUAAACUUUUGCAGCUCCAGAGGACCAUCGUGUGCCGAGAUUCAGACCUCCCUGAUGAGCUGCUUUAUGGACGGGCAGGUUAUCUAUAUGCCUUACUCUACCUGAACACGGAGAUCGGUCCGGGCACCGUGUGUGAGUCAGCUAUUAAAGAGGUAGUCAGUGCUAUCAUCGAGUCCGGCAAGACUCUGUCGAGGGAAGAGAGGAAGGCCGAGCGCUGCCCGCUGCUAUACCAGUGGCACAGGAAGCAGUAUGUUGGAGCGGCUCACGGCAUGGCUGGGAUUUACUACAUGCUAAUGCAGCCGGCAGCAAAAGUGGACCAAGAAACCUUGACAGAAAUGGUGAAACCUAGUAUUGAUUAUGUGCGCCACAAAAGAUUCCGAUCUGGGAAUUAUCCGUCAUCAUUAAGCAAUGAAACAGAUCGCUUGGUCCACUGGUGCCAUGGUGCACCAGGUGUCAUCCACAUGCUUAUGCAAGCUUACAAGGUCUUUAAGGAGGAGAAAUACUUGAAAGAUGCCAUGGAGUGUAGUGAUGUCAUUUGGCAGCGAGGUUUGCUUCGGAAGGGCUAUGGGAUCUGCCACGGGACGGCCGGGAAUGGCUAUUCGUUCCUGUCCCUGUACCAUCUCACGCAGGAGAAAAAGUAUCUCUACCGAGCUUGCAAAUUUGCAGAGUGGUGUCUAGAAUAUGGAGCACAUGGGUGCCGCAUCCCCGACAGACCCUACUCUCUCUUUGAAGGCAUGGCUGGCGCGAUUCACUUUCUCUCCGACAUCUUGGCACCGGAGACAUCCCAGUUCCCAGCAUUUGAACUUGCUCCUUCGCAGAGGAACAAAAAGAUGUAAAGAGACUACUAAGACACCUGUUUGGACCAAAAGCCAGAUUGCUUAGUGCCUGACACAGAACCAACUGUGAAUCUUGAAGAAGGCCAAAAAAAAAAAAAAAAAAAGAGAGAGAGAGAGAAGCAGACACCUUCACGGGCCCCCUUUGUUGCAAAGACCCUCAAGUUAGAGCAUGAAUGACAGAAACCAUCCCGUCAGCGUUUUGUAACAGUGUUCCCCUCACUGGUGUAAAAUAUGAAUUCUUCACCUCCGGCCUUCUGUAGCAUU